AUGAGUACUUCAGCAGCAUCUACAGAACCUAGUGUCGAUUCAAAUGUGGAGGAAAAUUUAUCUGCGCCACUUUGGAAAUAUGUCACUAAGGAUAUAGUUGUUGAUGCCGACGGUGUUGCAAGAGCAGGAGGAGGAAAUGUGACUUUCACUUGUAGUUUCUGCGAAAAGAGAUUCAAUGGGUCACAUUCUAGAGUCGAGGCUCAUUUUCUUAAAAUCCCAAGAAAAGGGAUCAAGCCUUGCACCAAAGUCACACAAGCAAAAAUGCAAGAGAUGCAACAACUUCUUGAUUGGUGUGCGCAGCAAUUGCGAGAGAGGGCUCCUAAUAAGGUUCCUUUGCCUCCCUCUUCUAGUUUUUCCGGAAGUGGUUCAAGCUAUUUUCCAUUGAUGGAGAGGGAUGAUGAAGCAAAAAAGAGAAGAGUGAGUCCACAACUAGCCAAAGCUUUCAAGAUUGAAGAUAGGCAACAAUGUGAUGCUGAGAUUGCGAGAUUGUUUUACAGUAGUGGACUAUCGUUCAAUGUUGCAAGGAAUCCUCUCUACCGAAGCUCUUACACCCGUGCUAGCAAUAUUCCGGGUUAUGUUCCUCUAGGGUACAAUGCUUUGCGGACCACACUACUUGAUAAUGAGAGGCGUCAUGUUGAGCAGACAUUGGAACCUGUGAAGAAGACAUGGAAAGAGACCGGUGUGAGCUUGUGUUCCGAUGGGUGGACUGAUGGCCAAAAGAGGCCAUUAAUCAAUAUGAUGGCUGCUGCUACAAACAAGGCUAUGAUGUUGAGAGCGGUCAAUUGUGAUGGGACGACCAAAGACAAAACUGAAAUUUCAAAAUUGCUUUUGGCAUCCAUCAAUGAGAUUGGUUCGGAAAAUGUGGUUCAAGUGGUGACGGAUAAUGCGCCUGUUUGUGCUGCUGCCGGUGCAAUGGUUGAAGAGGCACAUCCACACAUAUUUUGGACACCAUGUGUGGUACAUACACUCAAUCUUGUUUUGAAAGAUACUUUGAAAGCUAAAGCUUAUCUACCCGGGGAGAAUGUGGAAAAAGAGUUGGGGUGGCUUAUGGAUGUUUGCAAUGAUGUUUGGUUCAUAAAGAAUUUUAUCGUGAACCAUAACAUGCGUUUGUCCAUGUAUAAUGAUAAUUGUGCCUUGAAGUUGCUUCAAGUUGCCGAGACAAGAUUUGCUUCCCAUUAUGUGAUGCUUAAAAGGUUUAGAGAUGUGAAGAAUAGCAUGCAACAAAUGGUGAUUAGUCCAAGAUGGGACAUGUAUAGAGAAGAUGAUGUUAAGAAGGCAAGAGCGGUGAAGGAAAUGCUAUUGAGUGACACCUUGUGGGAGCAAAUUGAUUUCAUGAUUGCAUUUAUGUCACCUAUAUAUGAGAUGAUAAGGAUAGCCGAUUUGGAUAAGCCUUGUCUUCACUUGGUUUACGAGUGGUGGGAUACAAUGAUAGAGAAAGUGAAGAAGGCAAUUUAUACUCCCGAGUUUGCCAAUGUCUUAUCAAUUCAUUGUGAUGCAUCAAGGUUUUAUGAUGUGGUGUACUCCACCUUGAUUGCUCGGUGGACUAAGAGUUCCACCUCACUUUAUUGCAUGGCUCACUCUUUGAACCCAAAGUAUUAUAGCUCUCAAUGGCUUGAAGAGGAUCUUAACUGGGUUGCUCCACAUAGAGAUACCGAGCUCACCAAUGAGAGGAGGAGAUGUCUUAUCAAGCUCUAUCCGGAUCCGCAAGUUCGUAAUAAAGUGAUGGAAGAAUAUGGAUAUUUUUCAUUGAACAUGGGUGAUUACUCAAGACCGGAUGCUUUGGAAAACAAGUUUUAUUUUGAGCCUCUAAUUUGGUGGGCCUCCUAUGGAGCUUCUACACCAAGACUCCAAUCUUUGGCUUUGAGGUUGGUUAAUCAACCUUGUUCAUCUUCUUGUUGCGAAAUAAAUUGGAGUACAUAUAGCUUCAUACAAGGUUUGAAGAGGAACAAGUUGGAACCAAAAAGAGCUCAAGAUUUGGUGUAUGUUCAUACAAAUCUUCGACUUUUGGCAAAGGCCGAGCCUACCUAUUAUAAAGAUAGGGACUCAAUGUGGGAUCUUACGGGAGAUGGUCAUGAGUCUAUGGAACCGGGGAUUAAUGAUGAUGUGCUUGAGCUUGCAGAAUUGUCCCUUGAUGAACCGGCAUUAGAAAGGAUGCUUGUUAAUGAUGAGAUGGACUAUUGA